AUGCAGCCGGAUCCUCGGGGGUCGAGACGGUGGUCGCAAUGCUCGCAAGCACCCCAGAGUCUGAAGAAUGCCUUAUUGCCAUUUUCAUAUUACCCAUAUAUACGAGCCCCUGGAAUCCAACGGCUUCAACCAGUCGAGAUGGCUUUCUUGGAGUCUCAAAAGAGCACUCAUAUUCCAGCGCAACCAUUGCUCGAUGAACUGCUCAAACACUACUUUCUAUACGUUCAUCCAUUAUUGCCACUUAUCGAUGAAGCGGAGUUUUGGUCUAUUCUCGAGCAAAGGAGCAGCAGGAAUUCAUCGAUCUCUAUUCUUGUCUUUCAAGCGAUGUUAUUCGUCGCAUGCGGUUACAUUCCGUUAGGCACGGCGAAAGAAUGGGGAGCUACUUCAAUCCUUGAAAUGCGCACUUCGUUUUACAAGCGAGCCAAGACCUUGUAUAAUUUUGGCGUGGAAAAUGAUCCCCUGUGCCGGUCUCAGGCUUUGGCAUUGCUUUCAUACGAAAGCUCGUCGUCUGAUCCUUCGGGUAACUCCACUUGGCUAGCUCUGGCCAUUCAGUAUGCGCGUAUGGUGAAUGCAAAUGCCUACGACCACAUGCCAAAGAAUGGGAGUUACAAAGUAUCGGACCUGAAAAGGCUUUGGUGGUGUUUAAUUCUUCGCGACAGGAUAAUCGCUCUAGGCAUGCGCCGACCUCUACAGAUCUUACCAGGUCACUUCUGUGUGAACUCAGCAAGCCACCUAGAGGUGGAAGAUCUGCGAGACGAAAUAAAUGCAUCCAAAGUAUACGAACCACAAGCCAAGCGAGCCCUAGCUGCUUUACUUUCUAGCCAAUGCAGACUAGCCGCCGUACUGACUCCCCUUAUCAUGAUAUUACAUCCCUCAGACAGUGAUGGCUCCGGUGGUGACCUCAUGUCUGUGCUAGCUAGAGCCGAUGAUGUCAAAGUUCGCCUAAAAUAUUGGUAUUCUCAACAUCUUCUCAUUUCCCCUGCAGAGGAGACAGAAGUCCACCAGUCGAUUACGCUUUUUAAACGACUGAACAAGCUAUAUUAUGAGUCUGCUCGGCUCGCUUUGGAUCACCAUCUCGCCUUCUGUCUAUACCAGGGCCGACGAUUGCAGAGCUCAUCUGACCUGAUGGAAGCUGUGACAUCCAUCCAUGCUAUUUUCAAACGCUUUACAAUCGAUGGAACUGCGAGUCAUCUACCCAUCAGUGUCGUAGCAUUCGGAAUCAUUCCUCAAAUGUUGAUGAAUUUCGAUUUGCGACUUUUUAAUAGUGACACUCGUCGCAAAGGCCCAAAGCAUUUGUCGAAAAUUUACCAGGAGCUCAAUACACUACACCGCCUCAGAUACGAUAUAUCCCACAUCCUCAAUUGGAUGAAUGAGAUAAUCCUAGUAUUCGAGGACUCCCUUUCAUCGUGUGGCCCACAACAUGCGAAGGCUCUCGCUACCGAAAAGCAGUCGAAAAGUUACAGCCUCGUUUUGAUGAUGAAUCGCUAUCCAGAGCAGUAUUUUCGGCUCCUCGAUACCAUGAACUCUGCUGUCUCUACAGGCGAAUUCAGAAAUCCUACUUUCAGAAUGAUAGCAGCGCUUCCUAUGCGCCCGCCGCACAGCUUCGAAGCCCCAGACAGCUAG